UCUUAACCCACUGUGCUGGGCUGGGGAUCGAACCUGUACCUGAGCCACUGCAGUUGGACACUUAACCCACUACGUCAUGGUGGGAACUCUGUGUCAUAGUAUUUUUUUAUUUGCUGUUUAAUGUCAUGUUCUCUUGGGUAACAGAGACACUCGGGGACACUUGCAGACCCUCAUUGGUAUCCAGGGUCCCCCAUUCUACCACCCUGUGCAUAUGCUUGUGACCCACAGCUUGCUGGGUUGCCCCCUCCUGCCAACAGCUUCUGAACAGAUGUGCCUUGCUCCAGAGAAGGGCAAGCCAGGUAUCUCUCCUUCCCAAGGGCCUGCCAUGCCCACCACAGCAAGAGGCAACUCCUGAGAUACUGCAACAUCUGUGCUGGAUGCGGUACUGAAAUGAGGGUAGGAGAGACGCUUGCUCCUGCCCAAUGGCCUGCCUUCACCACAACACUAGUAACCCCAGGAUAGGCUGAUUGAUGCCGUAUCCUAGGACGCUCAGUACUCCUGAACUCAACCCCAACCUCAGGUACCAGCUGUGCACCAGUCCAAGCUAAGAGUGGACAGGGGCAGCAGUCACUGGGAGGGAGUGGGAGGGAGGAGGCCAGGUGGGGCCCAGGGUUCAUGGGACAGGGACAGGGGCCAGACACCCUCCCAGGAAGGGUCAGACUUCAUUUACAAAGCAUAUAUUCAAAGACAAAAUGAUUGAGAAUUUUAAUACAGUGCUUGCAGAGUUUUAAACCCGAAGGUGGCAGGAAGGGCUGUUUGAUGGUCACAUGCCCACAAAGUCGGCCUGGCUAUACGUUAUUAAAAAUGCCCCAAAGUCGGAAAGCAUUAGACUCAGCUCUCUAUCCCCAGCACAUAUAUGUCAGCUUGUGCUCCCGAAGUUUAAUUGCUGAACACAACAUACAUAUAUCAGCAUGUUGUGUUUAAGGGGCCAGGAAAGGUGCAUUAUGAAUUAGUGGACUUGAAAAAGAGUUUUUAGAAAGUAAAGAUAGAGAGAAAUGUGAAUCAGAUCUAAUAGCAAUAGCCAGACACUCUGAAAAACACUCUGCGUAUAUUAGCUCAGUUAAUCCUCUCGAAUAUCCUAGGAUACAGGUACCAUUAUUACAUCCUCAUUUUAAGGAUGAAGAAACUGAGGUUCAAAAUAUUAAGCAAAUUGUUUGAGGUCAUAUAUUUGCUAAAUCAAUCUGUUUGACUUUAGAGUCUACAUUUUUAAAUUAUUUUUUUGUUUCAAAAAUGAACAGAGCCUUGUACAAGUAUAGGCAACAGGAUGGGGUUUCUUCAGGGUUGCAGUGAUGUGAAUGGAACAUUUAAUACCCAUGCCCUUAGUGAAUUAAGAGGAUGUGGUCAUUAUGACUUUGGUCUUCUAGGUGAUGUUACAGGCUCAGGGAUUCAGCACUAACUUGGUAAAAUGACUGGUAUCCCUCCCUUUUUCCUUGGGAAAUUUAGGGACAGUACAAAUGAGAGCCAGGGAAGUGAUACCGCACAUCUUUUUGGGCUCUGAUGGGGGGCCAGGCCUCCUUCUGAGCACACCACAUGUUCAGAACACCUUUGCGUCAUAAUUUCACCAGCCCCUCAAAGCAGCCUUGAGGGGCUAGCAGAAUGACCACUCUUCCUCAGUAACUGUGACAGAUGAGAAAACUGAGCCAGGAGAGGUGAGCAGUAGUUUGCUCUUACACCCUGGACAAGGGUGGAGCUGACCCUGAUCUUCCAACUCUUGGCUGGUGACCUCUCCACUGCUCCAGUUAGAACCCCCCAAAUACCAGUCUCCACGGAGGCCCAGGGUUCUUAUGCAUCAUGUAGUCCUUGAUCCUGGGAAAUGGAGCAUACAAAUGUGCAUUCUUUAUUGAUUCACUUCACUGACCAAAAACAUAUCCCACUGCGUUCUAUUAUAAGUGAGCCUCUUGUCCUUUCAAGGGAAUCCCAAACCUCUUUUCUGAUGAGUCUUCCCGCUGAGAUGGCUCCGAGCAGGAAGACGUUUUACUUUGCCUUUGCCUUUUUCUUCAUUUUGGCUCAAUUUACAUCAGGGUGCCAGGCAGGACUAGAAUAUGCCCAGCCACUUCCAGCAGGUGACUUUGCUCCUUGUGAGCCAUGCUGGCUCGGUCGGGGCAAAUGCAGGAAGAUGUGCACUGAGGACGAGAAGGUUGUUGGAAAUUGCAAGGUGAACUUUUUCUGCUGCCGACGGAGGAUCUAGUAAGCCAUAUCAGCACUCUUCUGGCUUCACACACAAGUCUGGAUGUUGAAGGAAGGUCAAGAGAAGUUAUGCAGCUUAACUAAGCCACACAAUGAGUGAGUGUCAGGAUCUUCUCAUUGCCUUCUCCUUUCAUGUUGUUUCUUUGUUUAUUUUUUAAGAUAAUAUUUAAAAAGGUUACCAGCAGGGCAAGGGGGAGGGGCAAGGUAGGAGUGGGGGAUUAAAUGGUACAAACUUCUCUGUAUAAAAUAAAAAAGCUACAAGGAUAUAUUGUACAGCACAAGAAAUAAAGCCAAUGUUUUAUAACACAUUUAAAUGGAGUAUAAUGUAUAAAAUAUUGAACUGCUAGACUGUAUACCUGAAACUAAUAUAAUAUUGUAAAUCAACUUUACUUAAAUUAAAAAAAUAGUCAGACAUGAGUGGGUACCUAAUAGCUACUCACUUAAUCAGCCACUAUUACUAUUUUUUGUGGAGUACAUUAUAACUUAUGAAUCUUUCUCCCAUACUUUUCUUAAAUGACUCACCAUCAUCUUAUAAGGCAGAUUUUUUUAAUCCCCAUUUAUAUUUGAGGAAAUUGAGACCCAGGGAGUCUGUCGUUUCCUCAUGGUCAUGGCUAGAAACCAGUAAAGGAUGUGCACAACACUGUCACGUGCCAUAUAUCAUCCAUAUGCACUAAUUCUCACAAAAAAGAUCAAUGGAAAUGGCAUCCACAACACUGAUAAUGGACUUACAGUUCUAUAGAAAAUAACAAAUUAUUUAUUUUUUCCACAUCCUUUCUUGUUGGACCAAUACAUUGUCAUUGACUUACUCUAGUACUUGUGGUGUAUUUUUAUUGGAUAUAUUUGACAUAAAACUGUGUAAUUUUAAGACAUGCAACAUGUUAAUUUGAUAUUUUUAUAUAUUGUAUUAUGAUCUGUUGUAGCAAUAUUUAGCACCUUUAUCUUAGCACAUAAUUAUCCUUUCUUUUUAGCAUUUGGAUAAUUAAGUUUUAGUCUUUCAGCAAGUUUGAUGGUUGUAACAUGGAAUUGUGUGUUUCUCUUCCUGACAGUGGAAUGUUGGAGAUUAAUUUAAAAUGCUCAGUGGUUGACUAUAUAACUUUGCUUUAUGAAUAAAAUUUGCAGCUUCACAAAAUAAAGAUCAAAAUUAUCAAUCUGAUGAGCAGUUACUCAAACUCACUAAGUUUGAACACAUGAGACUGGACAGUAUGUUGCUCAGCUCUGGAGCAGACCAUUGCAUCAAUGUCUUUUUGCACUCAGUUCCAUUCCCUAUCUUCUCCCUACUCUGCUCUGUAUGAGUAGCAUCACUCUUUGCAAACUACAUUCUCUAAGCUUCUUGACUCUUCUGGCUGGUUUCAGUCAACUGCAAGUGUCUGGAAGAAGAACAGUAGAUGAGAGAACAGGAGAACUCAGGGUUUUUCUCCCUCACUCUCUGCUCCAGCUUCUGUGUCCUUCCUUCUCACCCAGCAGUUUCACUGCAGGUACAGCUCCUGCCAGCAAGUCCUCACUCCUGGGCUCAUGACACAGCCUCCUGUUUUUCCUCCAAUCCUAUGGCAGUGGGGGAGUCCAGCUGUGGAUGAUGUUAGGGCUGCCUCACUGCUCCCAUUUUAUAUAUUCAGUUUUUCCAACAUUUUAUAACUAGCUGUCCAUAUUAAAUCCUCUUUAUUGAAUCUUCUAGUGGGAGGACUAUUUUCAUGCCUGGAACCUGACUGAUUUGACCUUUAGGUUGGCUCUGUUGUCAGAUUUACAUUUGCUUGAUUUUUCUCCCAAAGAGAUCUGAGAUAUGACCCUUGUGACACCUACAGUGUUUCCUUCAUUUUCACAAGAACUAACUCAGGGCAGUGGUGAGAGGAGGACCUGGGCUUAGUAAUCUAGCUGAAUCAUCAUCUGCUGGUGGAUGCUUCUCCCCCAGAUCUCCAUGGCAAGCGUGCAGCUGAUGAUUCACAGAGCAUCACAAAACCAGGGUAUUCCCUACUCAUUCCGUAUAUCACAUUGCUUGAUUCCAAAAACUGAAAAUGUUAUGGACCCCAACUGAUGUCUCUUUUAUAGAAGAAUACAUGGCCAUGUCUCAGUCAUACAGGGUGGUGAACCAGUUGUUGUGCCCUGAUGUUUAUCUUAAAUGGCAACCAGAGUCAGAUGGCUUAUGGUCACAGAGGGCACCUCCCAUAAAUGUUCACCUAUUCACAAAUCUCACUUCUUCCUCUUUCUCUCUUCUCUUCUGCAUUUUGCUCCUUUUAGAACUUUCCCAUCAAAUUACCUUUUUUCCUGAAAAAAACAGUCCUUCCUGUAGAAUAAUAAAGUCUCAACUCAUACUGAUUUUUUGUCACUUGAAAAUUCAGUCCUUUAAGAUGUCAAGUGGAUGCCCAUGACUUUCCCAGAUAAGUUAUGUUGA